CCCUCCAAGUAUUUUCCAUACAAGAGAAAAUUGAUUUGUUUAGUAGAUUUUACAUUUAAUUUCACAAAUGGUUCUACCAUUUGGGAAUGUCAAAUGACUCAUAAUUCUUUAUUCAAACUUUAUCUCAAAUUGGUUUUGGUGCUUGAUUAUCAUUGUGAUAUUUGCUUUGUAGGACUUGCUAAACCUGCUUCUGUUAUAGAAACUUUUUGUACCGAUGAAUUAGUUUUGCAGCAUGUGAAACUUGAUGGAGUUGUUACUUUGGUUGAUUCCAAGCACGCAAUGCAACACCUUAAUGAAAUAAAACCAAGAUUUGUGGUUAACGAGGCUGUAGAACAAAUUGCUUAUGCUGAUUGUAUUAUUUUUGAACAAGGUAGAGUUUUUUUUUUUUAAUCAGAAAACAAGUUAGAGUGUAUUCAUUGAAUCUGACAUUUGUUUUUAAAAUGUGAGGUGAUUCUGAGCUUUGAAGCUAAUUGGAUCCCAACUAUUUCAGCAGAUAGAUUUAGUGACUGAGGUUGAGCUGGAGAUAUUGACCAAGAGAAUUAAGUUGUUCUUUCUGAGAUAUUAAUAAUUGUAUACAGUUUUAACGAAUAUCAUAUAAGAAGUUAUUGCUCCUAUAUGUGUCUUCCUGUGCUUAUACUUCCAAAAUGGAAUAUUCUCCGCUAACAGAAACCAAAGAAUCAACUUUUGUAUCCUAUUGAGCUUUUGUGUUUCACUCUCAUAAUAAAUAAUUUUUUAAAAACUUAUACUCUUAUGUGCACUGGUGUCAGCAUAUUAAUGGGAUGGCACAAAUGAAGCAAGCUAAGUUUGGAUCCGUUGACAUGGACUUUUUUCUUGGAGUGGGAGGUUAUGAUCUUGAUAGGAUUGAUUCUGAAGUUCAGGUAGAUAAUUCCUGUUCUACAACUCAUCAACAUGAAACUGGAAAAAAAUGCAGCAAUCAUCAUCAUCAUCAUCAUAAUCACGUACACAAUGCUGCUGUCACUAGUGUUACUAUUGUUUCCGAAGGAACCCUCGAUAUUGAUGAGUUCUUUAGGUAUCAUAAAUCUGAAAAUAGAAAUGUUGAGCGUUCUAGAGCUGCUCGGUGA